GUUAGCCGUUGCCAAUAGAGUGUGUAAUUACGUCCAGGUUGGGAUUGUAGCUCUAUAUGUUUAGGGAAGGGGUCUAUAGUGUACACCUGUCUUGUUUUGUGUAGAGGUCCUAGAAAAUAAUCAGGUAAUGAUUUUACUUGAGCUGGAAGCUAAAGAUUAGCUGCACGCCGAGGGAGAAUGAACCCAGAGGAAGUUGAGUUACUGAAUGACUCCAAGUAUAGGAACUAUGUUGCAGCAGUAGACAAAGCGCUGAAAAGCUUUGAAUAUUCCAGCGAAUGGGCUGACUUGAUAUCUGCUCUUGGAAAGCUGAACAAGGUUUUGCACAAUAAUGCAAAAUAUCAAGUUGUUCCUAAAAAGCUGACCAUAGGCAAGCGGCUAGCACAGUGUUUACAUCCUGCAUUACCAGGCGGAGUACAUCGAAAAGCUCUGGAAACAUAUGAAAUCAUUUUCAAAAUCAUCGGGCCUAAACGACUGGCUAAAGAUCUAUUUUUGUACAGUUCAGGACUGUUUCCACUUCUUGCAAAUGCUGCAAUGUCUGUCAAACCAGCCCUUCUUAGUCUCUAUGAGACUCACUACCUGCCUCUGGGAAAAACUCUAAAACCUGGCUUGCAAGGGUUACUAACUGGAAUUUUACCUGGACUAGAAGAAGGCGCAGAAUAUUAUGACAGAACCAAUACCUUGCUGGAAAAGAUUGCUGCAGCAGUGGAACAACCGGCAUUUUACAGUGCUCUGUGGGGUAGCCUUCUGACCAGUCCCACUGUUCGACUUCCUGGAAUCUCAUAUGUACUGUCCCAUCUAAACCGAAAGCUUUCCAUGGAGGACCAGCUGUAUAUAAUUGGAAGUGACAUCGAAUUAAUGGUUGAAGCAGUAAGUACAUCUGUGCAGGAUUCCAGCGUACUAGUGCAGAGGAGCACACUAGAUCUGAUUCUGUUUUGUUUUCCAUUUCACAUGAGUCAGGCUACCCGGCCUGACAUGAUCAGGAUCCUUUCUGCAUCACUCCAUGUUGUACUUCGCAGAGAUAUGUCAUUAAACCGUAGGCUAUAUGCAUGGCUUCUUGGUUUUGACAAUAAUGGUGUUCUUAUAGGCCCUCGAAGUACCCGGCACAGUAAUCCUGAAGAACAUGCAACAUACUACUUCACUACCUUUUCAAAGGACAUGUUGGUACAGGCCAUGGUGGGUAUUCUGCAAGGAAAGGGAUAUGAAAAAGAAGAAGAUACAGUAACUCAGGACCUGAAACCUUUUCGAAUUCUUAUCAGCCUACUGGAUAAACCAGAGUUGGGGCCAGCAAUUUUGGAAGAAGUUCUCAUUGAAGUAUUCAGAACAUUAUAUGCACAAUGCAAAGCAGUGCUGAAUCUGCAGAUACAACCUUCCUUCAGUAAGGAGCACACACAGCUAAGCAGCAAGUUAAGAGAAAACAAAAAAACAGCAGAGCUGAUUAAGACUGCCAACCUUCUUUUCAAUUCUUUUGAACCGUACUAUAUGUGGGAUUAUAUUUCUCGUUGGUUUGAAGAAUGUUGCAGGAGAACAUUAAAUGCCCGGCUUCAUACCAGGUGUGAUGGUAGUAAUGGAGAGUCAUCAGAUCUUUCCCUGACCCAUUUCUGUCUGCUAGUGGAUUUCUUAUUGGAUAUUGUGUCUUUGCCUACUAGAAGUAUGAGAGUGCCUUGUCAGGAAACAUACAUUGAAAUCCAAACAGAACAUCUUCCUCAAUUGCUGCUGAGAAUGGUUUCUGCACUUACAAGUCACCUACAGGCAUUAAAUUUAUCUGAACUUACUAACUGCCUCCAGCUUUGCUCAAAGAUUCUCAGCAAGGUUCAGCCACCACUUUUGUCUACUGGAUCAGAAAAUGCUUUCCAGUUUCCAGAUGGGCAAGAAAAUACCAUCAAGGAGAAGGAGAAAAAAAAGCUGUCACACAUUACAGUGGACAAUGGUGAAGUUUUUGAUGAUGCAGACAAUCCUCCUAGCAGCCAAUCUUCUGAAAGUGGAUUUACAGAUUUUGUACAGUACCAGGCUGAUAAAAUGGAUGAUAUUGACAGAACGUUGGGGGAUGGUCAUGGAACAGGUGCUGUACCAAUGGGAAGCACAUCUUCAGAAACCGAGACUGCAUCCACUGUGGGGUCUGAGGAAACUGUCGUUCACCAGAUUUCUGCAGCUGCAUAUGGACCUGCUUCACGAGGUGGGAAAGCAGCUCAGAAGACAGCAAUGCAGUGCUGUUUGGAGUACUUCCAGCAGUUUUUGACACGAUUUAUUGCCCUGUAUAUUAUUCACUGUGAGAUUGUUUCUCAGGCAUUUGUAUCAGGCUUUCAUUUGAACAGCAGAGAUAAGAUUGUUGAGAAAUGGGAAGCGACUGCAGAAGAAAAUGAGAAUGACAGUAAGUUACUUCUCCAUACAGCACCAAGGGAAUACCUUCCUGCCUUUACUGCUGCCUGCCAGUUAUUCCUUGAAUGUUCAAGUUUUCCAGUUUACAUUGCAGAGGGAAGUUCCACAUCAGAGUCACCAAAUGCACACCUAUGCACAGAAUGCAAACAGGAGCAGCCUCCUCUCUGGCUUCAGACCCUUAUGAGUGUUUGCUGUUUCGCAAAAGAUUUCAGUGUCCAAAGUGUUGCUAUUUCUUUAGUGAUGGACCUAGUUGGGCUAACCCAAUCAGUUGCUGUGGUUACUGGAGAAAGUGUGAACAGCAGUGAGACGACACACCCUCUGAGCCCAAGUCAGGGAAGAGUAGCUGUAGUGAUCAGACCACCUCUUACAGAAGGGAAUAUACUAUUUAUGGCUGAAAGAACAUCAUUUUUCAAGCACGUGGCAUUAACCUUAUGGGACCAUCUUGGUGAAGAAUCUCCACAUUACCAUCAGAAAAGCGUGGAACUGUUUUAUCAGCUGCACAAUCUUGUUCCAUCUUCCAGUAUCUGUGAGGAUGUCAUUAGUCAACAAUUGACUCACAAAGACAAGAAAAUACGAAUGGAUGCUCAUUCAAAGUUUGCGGUUUUGUGGCACCUCACAAGAGAUCUACAUGUCAGUAAAUCAUCUUCCUUUAAGAGAACAUUUGACAGGUCACUUUUUAGCAUGCUGGAUAGCCUCAGUAGCCCUGAUGGUUCUACAUCUUCAGUGGGCCAAGCCUGGUUAAGUCAGGUACUGCAAAGGCAUGAUAUAGCCAGGGUGUUGGAACCUUUACUUCUGUUGUUGCUUCAUCCAAAAACACAGCGUGUUUCUGUGCAGCGAGUUCAGGCAGAAAGAAGUUGGAGUAAGUCUCGGAUUAUCCUUCUAGAGGCAAAAAUGAACUUCUUACAAGAUGCUACCUCUAAAGGUUUUGGUAACAAUCCAAGUGACCAAGGACAACAAAAUGAUACUACAGUGGAGAAGAGUGAAAAGCAGCUUGCUUUGGAUGAGAUGGACAUUUUUAGCCUAACUGUGAACCCACUGAGUGACAGACUUUCCUUACUAAGCACAAGUAGUGAGACAAUUCCUAUGGCAGUGAUAGAUUUUGACCUUCCUGACCAACCAGUGGAGAUACUUCAUAGUUCUGACUCUGGCUGUUCACAGUUAUCAGUAGGAGAUAAUUUUAGUUUUGAUGUAGAAAGAGACCACAUAAGUGCCACAAGCAAGACACAGGCACUGAAUGAAGAGUCACUAGAGGACAUUGUUCAGCAAGUAGUCUCUGAGUUAGUUUAUAGAGUUGUAAUUGCUCUUGGCGAAGAAUAUGAAUUUUCUGAACAACAGUGUCUGGUAGAUGCUCCUUCAUCUGUAGAUGCAUUAACUUCAAAUACGUCUGAACCACAGUGUCAGCUGGAGGCCCCUACUUCUACAGAUUCACUUAUUUCAGAUGCUUCUGUGGAACAAGCUGGAAGUGAAAAUGAAAACCAGGGGGUUACUGACUGUCAGAGCACUUUAGAGGGCUUACCUUCUGUAACAGACGAAAGACCUAAAAGUGUGCCGACUGGGAUCACCAGGAUUAAAUCUUCACCUGAAAUUGCAGCAGCCCAGCAAACAUUGUCAGAAAACAGCCUUAGCACUGAAAGUAUGCAUCUUAGAGAGAGGAGCCACAGCAGCACUCACUUGAAUCUAAAAGGGAAGAUUUUGGAAAAGAUGGUGGAAAAGGAAGCAGAAGGCAAGGAAAUCCUUAAAGCAACAGGAACAAAGCCUAAAAUUAAAACUAAUAAAAGGAAAGAAGACGAAAAAAGAAAAGUGCAAAAUGACAAGUUAAAACAGCCCAGUGUAUUCUUUGGUGAUGGUUUAGAUUUGGAGAAUUGGUACAGUUGUGGAGAAGGUGAAGUUUCAGAAAUAGAAAGUGAUAUGGGAUCUCCGGGUGUCAAAAAGUCUUCCAGGUUCAACAUUCAUCCUCUGUACCAGCAUGUGUUGCUCUAUCUUCAAAAGUAUGAUGCUUCAAGAACUCUGCAUGCUCUUUCUACAAUUAAAGGUAUUUUAAAAGCAAAUCCAGCUGCCUUUGUUAGUGCCAUUUCUACUACAAGUGUAAAUAAUGCAUAUACACCUCAGCUUUCUUUACUUCAGAACUUAAUAGCCAGGCAUCGGAUAUCUGUCAUGGGGAAAGAUUUCUAUAGUCAUAUUCCAGUGGACUGCAACCAUAGUUUUCGGAGUUCUAUGUACAUUGAAAUAAUAAUCUCCUUAUGUCUCUACUAUAUAAGAAGCUACUAUCCAACACAUAUUAAGGCAACUCAGCAGGAUUUGUCUGGUAACCAUAAUGUACAGAUUACAAGCAUUGAAAUUUUGACUUUGCUGUUUGCUGAACUGGCCAAAGUCAUAGAGGGCUCUGCCAAAGGUUUUGCAAGCUUUAUAUCUGACAUGUUAUCGAAGUGUAAAGUCCAGAAAGUAGUCCUUCACUGUUUGCUGUCUUUAAUUUUCAGUGCACAGAAGUGGCAUAGUGAAAGAGUGGCUGGUAAGAACAUGGCACCAAUUGAGGAAGGGUUCUGUGAAGACAGUGUCAUCAAUUUCUCUGAGGAUGAAAUGGACUAUGGCAGGACUCUACAGACCCAGCUUUUAAAGUUGCUGCAAACACUGAUUGUACUUGAACACAAAGUUAUGACAGAAUCAGAGGACAAAGAACCAGGAUUUGAGUUCCUUUCUUCAGAUGUAGAAAAUAUUAGUCCACAGCAGCCUAUGACAUCUCUUCAGUAUUUGCCCAACCAACCAAUCACUUCUCAGGGAAUGUUUCUUUGUGCAGUUCUCAGAGCUUUGCAUCAGCAUCACGCAUGCAAAUUGCAUCCUCAAUGGAUUUCUCUAAUCACCUCAACACUGCCUUACAUGGGAAAAGUUCUUCAAAGAGUUGUGGAAUGUGUGAUUCUGCAGCUUUGCCGAAAUUUGGAUAAUCUUAUCCAACAGUAUAAGUAUGAAACCGAGUUAUCAGAAAAUAGGCCUCUGUGGAUGGCAUCAACAGUUCCUCCAGAUAUGAUCCUUACUCUCCUUGAAGGCAUGACGACAAUUAUUCACUACAGUUUGUUGGAUCCCUCAAGUCAGUAUCACCAGUUGCUGGUUAAUGUAGACCAGAGGCAUCUUUCUGAAGCACGCAGCAGAAUUUUAUCUGUUCUUCAUAUCAUCAUGUCCUCAGUGACCCUUUUGUGGAGUAUCUUGCACCAGGUUGACUCUCCAAACAGAACACUGUCAGAAGCAGCUGCAUCUGUCACGAUGAUUAACCUUGGGUCUACUAAGAAUCUUAGACAGCAGAUUCUUGAAUUACUUGGACCUAUUUCCAUGAACCAUGGUGUCUAUUUCAUGGCUGCCAUUGCUUUUGUGUGGAAUGAGAGACGACAUGGCAGAAAUGCAAAAACAAAAGUUAUUCCUCCAGCUACUGAAGAACAACUCUUACUAGUUGAGCUGGUUCGUUCAAUUAGUGUGAUGAGGACAGAGACUGUAAUACAAACUGUGAAAGAAGUUCUGAAACAGCCUCCAGCAAUCGCCAGAGAGAAGAAGCAUCUGUCCCUGGAGGUCUGCAUGUUGCAGUUUUUCUAUGCUUAUGUUCAAAGAAUUUCAGUGUCCAAUCUAGUGGACAGCUGGCCAUCCUUUCUCAUCCUUCUUAAAGAUUCACUUCAGCUUGGGUUACCUCCACCUGGACAGUUUAUCAUACUCGGGAUUCUAAAUGAAUUUAUUUUGAAGAACCCCAGCUUAGACAGUAAGAAAGAUCAGCGAGAUUUGCAGGAUGUAACUUGUAAAAUUGUGGAGGCUGUUGGCACUGUUGCUGGUUCCUCCUUAGAACAAACCACAUGGUUAAGAAGAAAUCUGGAAGUGAAGGCAUCACCUAAAAUUACUGUAGAUGGAACCAAUUUAGAUGCAGAUGUAGAAGAUAUUAUGCUGUCUUCAGUACUAGAAGCAAUGAACAUCACGCCAUCUGUUUAUAGUGUCCAUGCCUUGACGUUGCUUGCUGAGGUGUUGGCACACCUCCUGGAUAUGGUGUUCUUUAGUGAUGAAAAGGAAAAAGUAAUCCCUUUGCUCAUUAAUAUAAUGCAUUAUGUAGUGCCCUACCUCCGCAAUCACAGUGCGCAUAAUGCUCCCAGCUAUCGUGCCUGUGUUCAGCUUUUGAGCAGUCUUAGUGGCUACCAGUAUACAAGAAGAGCAUGGAAGAAGGAAGCGUUUGAUCUUUUUAUGGACCCAAGUUUCUUUCAUAUGGAUGCCACAUGUGUUAGCUAUUGGAGGGCUAUCAUGGAUCACUUGAUGACACAUGACAAAACAACCUUCCGAGAUCUGAUGACACGAGUUGUUGUUGCACAGAGCAGUUCCCUCAACCUGUUUUCAAACCGAGAAGUUGAACUGGAGCAGCGAGCAAUGUUGCUGAAGAGAUUAGCCUUUGCUAUUUUUAGCAGUGAAGUGGACCAGUACCAAAAAUUUCUCCCUGACAUACAAGAGAGACUGGUGGAAAGUCUUCGUCUGCUUCAAGUACCAACUCUCCAUGCUCAGGUGUUUCUUUUCUUCCGAGUGCUGCUUUUACGGAUGUCUCCACAGCAUCUUACCUCAUUAUGGCCGACCAUGAUCACAGAGCUGGUACAAGUGUUUUUACUAAUGGAACAAGAGCUCACAGCAGAUGAGGACAUUUCAAGAACAUCUGGUCAGAGUGCAGGAGGCUUGGAGACUACAUACCAAGGUGGCAAUGGAUUUUCAACCUCUUAUAACAGCCAGCGGUGGUUAAAUUUCUACUUGUCUGCAUGCAAGUUCCUAGACCUUGCUUUGGCCCUACCUUCUGAAAACCUUCCACAGUUUCAAAUGUAUCGCUGGGCAUUCAUCCCAGAAGCAUCAGAUGAUUCUGGUUUAGAGGUUCGCAGACAAGGCACCCACCAAAGGGAAUUUAAGCCUUAUGUCGUUCGCUUGGCAAAAUUAUUACGAAAAAGGGCAAAGAAAAGCCAAGAAGAUGACAGCUCAGGGAGAACUUUAGCCUGGGAGCCAGGUCACUUACUGUUAACUGUGUACUCUGUGCGCAGCAUCGAGCAGCUGCUGCCAUUCUUCAAUGUACUCAGCCAGAUAUUUAACAGUAAGGUUACCAGCAGAUCUGCUGGGUACUCAGGGAGCCCUGUCCUGUACCCCAGCUCAUUCCAGUCCAAGGACAUUAAAACAGAGAGUCAGAAAACUUUCUGGAGCAAAGCCAGGCAGAAAAUAGAAGAAACAGUGGAAAAAGACUUUUUGGAAGGCAUUAAAUAAUACCACAAAUUGCUACUGAUGUAUGCAGCACACAGUGGUAAUCACUGUCACCAGAGUCUAGAGCAGUGUCCAGUUAAAAAGUGCCACUCAGUCACUGCAGUUUUUGUCAAGUCCUACAUUGUUAUAAAUAAAAAGGUGCACUAAUACAAAUGCUGCUGGUUACUGCUUUACAUUGACUGAAAAAUUGUUAAUUUUGCAAGCUGUACAUUUGUUUUUUUUUUACUUUGUAAUUAAUAAGGUUCAGGUUGUAAAUAUUUAAUUCAGGUUGUAAGUAUUUACUUAUAAUUGCUUUAUUUGUACAAUAAAAAAGAAAUUGUGGUGCGGCAGCUGACUGAAUUUUUAUGUAUUGUUGACACACAUUGAUUAAGGAGUCUGAUAUGUACAUCAUUGUAUUAUUCAAUUUUCAUUGUCUCUUGCAAUAAAAAAUAGGAAUCA